AUGAGAGGAGAUGGUGUUGUGUGCAUAGGUGAAGUAGAUGAUAAUCAAGAAAAAAUUGAUUGGCUAAAAGUGAAAGGAUCCACGUUAAAAAGUACGAGGAAUACAUUAUGA